GCUUUGCUUCACUUCUAAUCUUCUCAAACCUAACACCCUUUUCUUCUUCUUCUUCUCUCUUUUUAUUUAUACAUACAUCUCUAUUUUUUGUAUGUAUCUGUUGUUUUUGUGGUGGGCUUCUUGAACAGAACCCCUGAUUCUCAUUUUCUUGGUUUUUGGAAAUGGAGCAAGAAGGAGCACUUGUUUUAGUACCGGCAGGGCCAGUUACUGCUGCAGCUACACCUAAGAGGGCAGUGGCUCCGCCUACAUCGUUAGCGCCAGGUUUCAGGUUUCAUCCAACAGAUGAGGAGUUGGUCCGGUACUAUCUCAGGAGGAAGGCUUUUGGGAAGCCAUUUCGGUUUCAGGCUGUUUCUGAGAUUGAUGUUUACAAAUCUGAGCCUUGGGAGCUUGCAGAAUAUUCAUCUCUGAAGACCAGAGAUCUAGAGUGGUACUUUUUCAGCCCUGUGGAUAGGAAGUAUGGGAAUGGAUCUCGGCUUAACCGGGCCACUGGCAAAGGCUAUUGGAAAGCUACUGGGAAGGAUCGUCCUGUUCGCCACAAGUCUCAGACCAAUGGAAUGAAGAAAACACUUGUUUUCCAUAGUGGUCGAGCUCCCGAUGGUAAGAGAACUAAUUGGGUAAUGCAUGAGUACAGACUCACGGAUGAAGAAUUGGAAAGGGCUGGAGUUGUGCAGGAUGCCUUUGUACUCUGUAGAAUCUUUCAAAAAAGUGGAUUAGGACCUCCUAAUGGCGACAGAUAUGCGCCAUUUAUUGAGGAGGAAUGGGAUGACGAUACGGCACUUUUGGUUCCUGGAGGAGAGGCAGAGGAUGACGUGGCCAAUGGUGAUGAAGCACGAGUCGAGGGAAAUGACCUUGACCAGGAUGUGCUGGCGAAGGCUCCUCGCCAAAGUGAGAACUUGCUUGAACCCCAAACACUUUCAUUUGUUUGCAAGAGGGAAAGGUCAGAAGAACCAGAACCCCUCUCUUUAGCUCAAAGCAAAAGGUCCAAGCAUGACGAUCCUAGCUCUAGCCUCUCUUUAGCUCACAGCAAAAGAUCCACGCAUGACGAUCCUAGCUCUAGCCUCUCUUUAGCUCAAAGCAAAAGAUCCAUGCAUGACGAUCCUAGCUCUAGCCUCUCUUUAGCUCACAGCAAAAGACCCACGAAUGACGAUCCUAGCUCUAGCCUCUCUUUAGCUCAAAGCAAAAGAUCCACGCAUGACGAUCCUAGCUCUAGCCUCUCUUUAGCUCACAGCAAAAGAUCCACGCAUGACGAUCCUAGCUCUAGCCAUGCAAAUGGUUCUGAGGAUUCAACCACUAGCCAACAGGAUCCACCAACAAAGAUGAUGACGACAAAUUACUCCCCUACCCUCUUAGCAUUCCCCUUGUUAGAGCCCCUUGAACCAAAAGAAAGCCAACCUUCUAACACCCUUACGUUUGACUCCUCCAAUCUUGAGAAAUCUGUUCCUCCAGGUUACUUGAAGUUCAUUAGCAAUUUAGAGAAUGAGAUACUAAAUGUCUCCAUGGAGAGGGAGACGGCGAAGAUUGAAGUGAUGAGAGCUCAGGCUAUGAUCAACAUUCUUCAAUCGCGUAUCGACCUUUUGAACAAGGAGAACGAGGAUUUGAGAAGGCAUGUCCGAGGGGGUUAAGCUUAGCAACAACUCCAUGUAAUUCUAGUUUUGUAGUUGUCGGCGGAGGCCCCUUGUAUCGGAGUCCUCCAUUCUUGCACUGUCUUCAGUAAAGAGGAAAAUGGCUGGCUAUGUAAUAAGAACUUUGUUUACGUAGUUUUGCUAUAAACGUGGACCUAUGUACCUUUAGCCACCUACAGAAUGUUGUCUGUUAAACUGGUUUAAAUAAAGUUGAGCGUCUUCGGUUAAAA